AUGGCUGCCACCGCAGACCCGCCUUCGACACCCCUCACCGUCGCCAGCCUCAUCGCCGAGGCCCAAGCGGCGAACCUUCCCUCUCCUACCGUCGAGACGCUCCUACACAAACUCGUCUUCCCCUAUCCUACGCUCCCAUGCUACAGGGGCGACAAUGGUUGGCGCCACGGCGACUUUGUCGACGCCGCCCAUCCAGCUGCGAAGCCGUCUUCGAGCGUCUCUGGACUGUUCUCCCUUCCUUCUCUCGGUUCGAUCCUUUCCCGCACGGGCGUCGAGGUCCUCUCCUCGCUUGUGGGCGACGCCAAGGCCCGGGUUCUGUGCGACCUGACGAGCGACGAGCGAGCGGCGCUCGACAAGGCGCUCGAGUCCUUCUUCUCGCCGCGACCUUCUCACACGCCAGCUCACAACCUAAUCCCCCGGACCAUCAAUGCCUUCUGGGACGUCUGCAAAGCCGUCGCGCCCGACCUCCCCGACCGAAACUGGGCUGCGACUUCCUACUCAUACGAGUUCGACUGCAUCCGCUCCGCCCUCUCGUCGUCGGACACGAGCGACCCUUCAGGUCCGGGCGCUUGGUUCCCGAAGAGCUACAAUACGCAGUCUAUAUUCGCUGGUCUCAAGAACCUGAACGUGGACGAGGAACCCGCCGGCGUGCACGAUCUUGGUGGCUCCGACGGGACAUUCCUCGAAGAGUUGGAGAAGCAACUCUCGACGAGUAUGGGCACGGAGAGGAACGCCGUGGUGCUUCUCCUCGACGACACGCGCUUCAGGCCAGUCUUCGUUCUCGGCCUCGACGACUCGAACCCGCCGCUUCAAAAGCUUGUCGACGGCUUUGGCGCCGACAGAGGUCCUCGCACCUCGCUCGAGUCGGUCGGCGUUGCGGAUCCCGAGAUCGUCUCGCGCCUGACUUUGGGUCAUCGCCUGAAGCCGGUCGUCGCCAAGAAGAACCGCGUCCUCGUCUUUGGCGCGGAGAUGCCCCUGGACGCCUCUCUUGAGUCGGAGCAGCAGAGCUUGCUGCACAUGCUCGCCCUCGCGGCGCUCGCCAACAACGACAACCUUCGCAAGGAGAUCGAGACGGAGCUUCUGCGGCAUCUUCCGUGCACGUCUGCCUCGGCCGGCGAAGCAUCGCCGCCAUCCUUGACCAGCCAGCCGACACCGCUUGAAGGGAACCAGCAAUCGUUCCUUCCUCUCGAAAUUGACUCGCCCAACUCCGGUACCGCGACGCUCGACAGGCCGCCUACUCUCGACAGGCUGUUGAGCAAGGUCGAAGCGCAGGGGCCUGCCUCGCCGCCUCGCUAUCGUCUCGUCACUUUCGACGAGCUUGAGAAGGGCUGCGCCUUCACCGCCGCUUUCGUCGGGCAUGACAACCAGCUCGUUGGCUUCCACCACUUCCCGUCGUCCGAGCCGCUCGAGAAGCCUUCGAGCGUCAAGGUUCCGUCACUCCCGCCGACACCGCCGCCCACUCCUCCGCCUUGCACCGACCUCACAGACGAUGCGCUUAGCAUACCGUCGGCCGACCCCAUCCUCCUCCUCUCCGGCAAACGAUUCGGCAGCGGCCAUCAAGGAUUUGUCUAUCGAGCGCAUUGCGCCGGCUCGCCCUUCCCCUUCCUCGCCAAGUACUCGUACGACUGGGAAGGUUUCACCCUCAUGCAAGACGAGGCCAAGUUCUAUCGCAAGAACCGCGAAGCGCUCGAGGAGGAGCAGCUCGCCUCGAGGUUCGUCGGAAGCUGGGAGACGGAGGGAAACGGUAGUCCGAAGCGGAGCGGCUCAGAGACGAUGCUGCUCCUCGUCGAGGAGUGGGGAGAGGCGCUCGACAGUUGGCGUGACCUCAAAGGCUGCGAGGCGCAACGUCAGAUGAAGGAGCUCGCCAUGCGCUUCCACCUCAGCAUUCAGCACAGCCACGAGUCGCUUUCGCCGCGAAACGUCGUCUGGCGUCCCGACGAAGGACCCGCCUCGCUCCGCCUGAUCGACUUUGCGAGGAGCGAGCCGCAUCAGUGCACCGGCAAGAGCCUUUGCAGCGAGUUGCACGGCUUGGGCAGCAGGCUCGAGUGGGGACUGGGCAGACCCGAGUUCAGCGAAUUUGCGGCCAAGCAUAGGACGCGGCAGGCGGUCAAGGAGGAGCUGUCCCGCGUGGCGACGGUGCAGCAAGAGCUGGAGAAGCAGGCGGUUCGCGAAGCGGCGUUGUGGUGGACGGUCACUGCUCGGGAGGCGGAACAGCGGUGCGCGGAGAACGGUCCAUGCGAGGUCGAGGCGCGUCACAAGCGGAAGGCGUCGCCGGGUCGAGAGGGAGGAAACGACGAUGAUGGGUUCGACUCUCCGCCUGCCACUCCGCGACAGAGGCCGGCGAAGAAGAUGGCUUAG